CCAUCGCCGGAAGUCUCCGUGGGCCGCUGCCUGGCGUUCCUCGCCGGCCGGGUCCGUUCUGCUUCCCGGUGCCUCGGGCCUCCCGGGUCUGGUGCUGGGCGCCGAGCCGGCAGAGCUGGCGGAACCCGCUUUCCGCCUCCAGAGGGCAGCGGCCGCGGCCUAAUCCCUUCACGGGCAGCUCGGUGCCGUCGGCCUCACAGCUCUUCCUGUCGCCGGGAGUGGCUGGCCGACCAGUGGGCGGCCGGGCCAGCCUCCGCCAUUCCCGUGUCUCUGCGCCCGCGGGGGCCGCCCGAGCCGGCCACCAUGCCGCUGGGCCUGAAGCCCACCUGCAGCGUCUGCAAGACCACGUCGUCCUCCAUGUGGAAGAAGGGCGCGCAGGGGGAGAUCCUCUGUCAUCACUGCACGGGCCGGGGCGGCGCGGGCGGCGGGGCUGCCGGCUCGGGGGCGGCCGCAGGGACUGGGGGCAGCAGCGGCGGCGGCGGCUUCGGCGCGGCGACCUUUGCCAGCACCUCCGCCGCCCCUCCGCAGAGCAACGGGGGCGGGGGCGGCAAGCAGAGUAAGCAGGAAAUUCACAGGAGGUCUGCUCGGCUCAGAAACACUAAAUACAAAUCUGCUCCGGCUGCUGAAAAGAAAGUUUCCACCAAAGGAAAAGGGAGAAGACAUAUAUUUAAAUUGAAAAAUCCUAUCAAAGCUCCUGAGUCAGUUUCCACCAUAAUCACCGCAGAAUCAAUCUUCUACAAGGGAGUAUAUUAUCAAAUUGGUGAUGUUGUUUCUGUGAUCGAUGAACAAGAUGGAAAGCCCUACUACGCUCAGAUCAGAGGCUUUAUCCAGGACCAGUACUGCGAGAAGAGUGCAGCACUGACGUGGCUCAUUCCCACCCUCUCCAGCCCCAGAGACCAAUUUGAUCCUGCCUCCUAUAUCAUAGGACCAGAGGAAGAUCUUCCAAGGAAGAUGGAAUACUUGGAAUUUGUUUGUCAUGCACCUUCUGAGUAUUUCAAGUCACGGUCAUCACCAUUUCCCACAGUUCCCACCAGACCAGAGAAGGGCUACAUAUGGACUCAUGUUGGGCCUACUCCUGCAAUAACGAUUAAGGAAACAGUUGCCAACCAUUUGUAGUUCACAGAUUAAAACUGGAUUUCCAGGCUUGGUGUGGUGGCUCACACCUAUAGUUCCAGCUGUCACACAAGUGCUCUCCAGGCUGGGCAACAGAGUGAGAUUCCAUCUCUUAGAAAAACCAUAAAAAAACUGGAUUUCCAAUUCUCUUAUAUUCUUAGUACCAUGCGAUAUGUCACAGGUAUCUUUAAAUGAAAUUCUUAGCUAGAAAAAUGACUAAAAAGUUUUUCUCUACUACCUAGUAAUCAUUAGAUUGCUUAUUACUAGUCACUUAGAAAAUUAAAAGCAAUAGAGCCAAGCACAGUGGCUAAUGCCUGUAAUCCCAUCACUUUGGGAGGACAAGGUGGUUGGAUCACCUGAGCUCAGGAGUUCAAGACAAGCCUGUCCAACAUGGCA